CCCGCGCCGCCAGCCCGGAAGGAGCCGGCCGGCCUGAGCGCCCGCGGCGGCUGAGUCAGGCGGCGAGCGCGGCCCGUUACCGCGGGCGCCGGGGGCCGGGGUGGCGCUGUGGUUUCGGUGCGGGCCGCGGGCGGGAGGGCGGCGGCCUAACGAGCUCUCGGCACGCACCCUCCCUCGCCCUGCUCCUGUCCCGUCCCGCGGGGGCCCCGGCGGCGGCCCCGAGAGCCCUGGUGUCACCGUGGGAGCCGGGCGCGGGUCGCGCCUUCAUCUGCGCGGCGGCCGGGGGUGACUGUAGCCCCUCGGGGUCGGCGGCGGGCCCGCGCUCCUGGUGGCUGCGGCCUGAGGGUCCCUCUCCCUGCGCAGGGGCCCGCGCGCCUCACGAUGGGGCCCCUGAGCCGGGAUGCCUGGGCCCAGCGCUUGGGGGCCUUCCGGGCCAGCCCGUCCGCCUUCAUGGCAGGUCCCGAGGGGGAGGAUUUGGGUCGCAACCUGCUGGGCGACCUGAGGAGUGAAAAGCUGAGCGAGCAGACCAAGGUUUCCCUGCUGGCCCUGAGCUUGGAGUACCCUGCCCAGCUGUGGCCUGACGUCUCUGCGGCCGAGGUGGCCGCCACCUCCCUGUUGGACACCUUGGUCCUCCUACCCCCGCGGCCCUCAGCUCUCCGUCGGCCCCUGCUGCUGGCGGCCACCACAGCCCUGGCGGCGGGCGGCGCGCUGGGCCCCACCUCGGGCGCCUCCUGCCGGCUCCUGCCCCUACUGCUCGGCCUGGCCUCCGGCAGCGAUCUGGGGCGAGGCUUUGUCCCCGCCUCGGAACAGCGCCCCUUGCAGGCCACCGCCUGCGAGUGCCUGCGAGAGCUAGAGAGCUGCAAGCCCGGGCUGCUGGGGGGCUCCCUGGGGCUGCUGCGGGGCCUGCUGGGGCAGGAAGGCCCCGUCCAGCCGCUCAGCCUGCUGCUGGCCCUUGUUUUGCGCAACACCUUGGUGCUCCAGUCCCGGGUUGGGGCUGGCCUAGGGGGACUGCUCACGGAUAAGGUCUCCCCAACUGGGGGUGGUCCCUGGGAUUGGACACUAGUGGAGAAGGGGGAUGGACGCCUUCAGCCCCAAGCACCCAGCUGGCCGGCAGCUGAGGAGGGAGAGGGGGAGCGUAGCCUUACAGCACGAGAGCACAGCCCUGAGGAGGCGCGGGAGCUGCGGGCUGCGGUGAUCCAGCUUCUGGACACCUCCUAUCUGCUCACCCCUGUGGCCCAGGCCCAGCUCCUGUGGCUGCUGGGCUGGGCCCUGCGGGGUCUGCAGGGACAGCCACCCGCACUCUUCAAGCCACAGCUGGUACGGCUGCUAGGCACAGCACAGAUGACACUGCUGCACGCCGUGCUUGCGCUCAAGGCGGCCUUCGGUGAGGCCCUGUUCACAGCCCAGGAUGAAGCGCUGCUGCUCCGCCGGCUCACCUUGGCUGCCCAGCACCCUGCUCUGCCUCUGCCCACGCAUCUCUUUUACCUGCACUGCCUCCUGAGCUUCCCUGAGAACUGGCCGCUGGGCCCCGAAGGUGAGGAGGCUGCCCCACUGCUGCUAGGGCCCCAGCUAUGCCGUGGUCUCCUGCCCAGUCUCCUGCAUGACCCAAUGGCUCUCCUGGCCCGCCUGCAUUUGCUAUGCCUGCUCUGUGCUGAGGAUGAAGAAGAGGAGAAAGGCCAGCUUCCAAGCCCACGGCACUACCUGGAAGAGCUGCUGGCUGGCUUGCGGCAGCAGGCAGCCCUGGAUGAGGGCCCCCGGGCCUUGGCCACUGUCUGCUUCCAGGCCUCAUAUCUGGUGACCCGCUGCCUGGCUGGGCAACCUAUAGUGCUGACCCCCUUGAUCCACGGACUGGCCCAGCUAUACCGAGUCCGGCCCAUGCUGGCUUCCCACUUUGUGGACUUCUUGGAUCAGGUGGACUCUGAGCUGAGGGAGCCCCUGAAGGUGGUGUUGCAGCAGGAGGUGGUGUCCAGGCUGGGCAGGGAUGAAGCUCUUUGCUGGCACCUGAAAAUGCUGGCAAAGGUGGCAGAUGGAGAUGCCCAGAGUGCUACCCUCAACUUUCUACAGGCCGCAGCUGCCCACUGCACGAACUGGGACCUACAGCAGGGCCUACUGCGGGUCUGCCGGGCACUGCUGCGGGCAGGGGUGAGGGGUGGCCUGGUUGACUUGCUGCAGGUGCUGGCCAGGCAGCUGGAGGACCCUGAUGGGCGUGACCACGCCCAUCUCUACUACAUCCUUCUGGCACACCUGGCUGGACCCAAGUUGGGGGUGGCCCUGGGCCCCUCGCUUGCCCCACCUGCACUGGCCUCUUCACUGGUGGCCGAGAACCAGGGCUUUGUGGCAGCACUGAUGGUGCAGGAGGCCCCAGCCCUGGUACGGCUGAGCGUGGGGUCCCAUGGGGUCAAGGGCCCACUCCCAGUGCUGAAGCUCCAGCCGGAGGCGCUGGAGCCCAUCUACUCUCUGGAGUUGCGCUUCCAUGUGGAAGGGCAGCUGUAUGCACCCCUCGAGGCUGUCCAUGUGCCCUGCCUGUGUCCUGGUCGCCCUGCCCGCCCUCUGCUCCUGCCGCUGCAGCCCCGAUGUCCGGCCCCUGCACGGCUGGAUGUCCAUGCCCUUUACACCACAUCCACUGGUCUCACCUGCCAUGCCCACUUGCCACCGCUGUUCGUAAACUUUGCCGACCUCUUUCUGCCUUUCCCGCAGCCCCCAGGGGGUGCUGGGCUGGGUUUCUUUGAGGAGCUCUGGGAUUCCUGCCUGCCAGAGGGUGCCGAGAGUCGUGUGUGGUGUUCACUUGGGCCACAGGGCCUGGAGGGCUUGGUGUCCCGACACCUGGAGCCUUUCGUGGUGGUGGCCCAGCCCCCUACCAGCUACUAUGUAGCGAUCCACCUGCCCCCGAACUCAAAGCUACUGCUGCGGCUAGAGGCGGCCCUGGCAGACGGAGUGCCUGUGGCCCUGCGGACCGAUGACUGGGCUGUGCUGCCCUUGGCGGGGGACUACCUCCGUGGGCUGGCGGCUGCUCUCUGAGUCCCGGGAGACCAGGUGGGGGCAGGACUCUGGCCCUUGUGGGGGCCAAUGCACACUCCUGUAGCUCUUUCCCCCAAACCCUGCAUUCCCCAGUGCCCUCGCUGGCUUGUUUUCUUUUGGGCCCUGGCUGGGAACAGGCUCAUGGGGGUGAGGGUCUGUCUUAGUCUGUUUUCGCUGCUUUAGCAAGAUACCAGAGACUGGGUAAGUUACAAUAAACAGGAAUGUAUUGGCUCAGAGCUCUGGAGGCUGGGAAGUCCACAGUUGAAGGCCCAGAGUCCAGUGAGGACCCUUCUGCAUCAUCCCAUGACAGAGGACAGAAUGGCAGGAGUGAGGGGAGAGAGUGAACCCACUCCCAAGAUAAUGGCCUGAGUUCACACAGGAGGGCAGAGUUCUUGUGGCCUGACCACCUCUUAGGGUCUAAUCUUACACUGUUACAGUGGCAAUUACAUUUCAACAUGAGUGUGGGAGGGGACAAACAUUCAAACCGUAGCAGGGUCAUAGUUCCUGAGAAGGCUUCCAGACAGAACCCAGCACUGCAGAGCUUCAGAGUACCUUCUCACCCAGACACACUAGCGCUCUCCACAAUCCCUGCCCAGGAGGCAGGGGGAAAUCUCCUUUCUGCUUCCCAGAGAGGGUCUGGCCUUGCCCAAGGCUGCCCAGUGAUUUAGGAAGGAGGCUGGAGCUAGUGUGGACCUCCUGACCUAUCAGACAGUACUUUCUUUGCCGCAGCCUCUGCCUCCCAGGCUCAGGUGAUCCUCCCAUCUCAGCCGGCCUCCUGAGUAGCUGGGACUACAGGUGUGAGUCACCACUGUAUUGUUUGCAGACAGGAUCUCCCUGUUUCCUAGGCUGGUCUCGAACUCCUGGGCUUAGGUGACUCUCCUGCCUCAGCCUCACCCAAGUGUUGGGAUUACUGGUGUGAGCCACCACACCCAGCCGAGCCAGCGCUUCUCCACUCCCAAGGUUUGCAAGCUCCCUGCCCCAGGGAGCUCACGCCAGGCAGGCCAGUGGGCCUAAGCCAGAAACAGAAAGGCUGCAGUGGCCAGGUGGUUUCUUCCCCAGGAAGAGAGCUUCCCAAGCUAUGCCGAUUAGAGCCAGCUCUAGGAAGGGCCUGCUAAUAAGGUCUAGGAGCUGAGACUAAGCUUUUUCUAAUCUCAGCCCCUAAGAAAUCUAAUUUGUGCUUAGGAAUCUUCCCAGGUAAGAAGAACUAGUUUCUCUAGUUGUUUUUUUUCCCAAACAUGCAAACACUGAGGAUUGAGCUGUGUGGGGUCAGCUUUGCUGCCAGGCACAUGUACGUUGCCUCAUUUCAUCCUUGCAACAGCUCUGCAGGGCCCCGCAGGUGAGGAAAUCUGUAGGCAGGAGCGGUUGAGUGAUUUUCCUAAGGUCACCCAGCUGUUGGGUAAUAGUGUUUUGUCAUCUGGUAGCAGGUUUCCAUUACCAUGCCAUCAGAGCAGACAGCCAGGGCCACAGAGGUCCAACCCUCACCGCCGCCUUCUGCUGCCCCUGCCUCAUGGGCUCCCAGCCACAGGUUCCCCAUGGGCCAGCUUUCCCCCGCCCAAGCCUUCUGAUUGGGGCAGGCUAGGAGAGGAAAGAUGGGCCUGGGCUGGGUGUGGUGGCUCAUGCCUAUAAUCCCAGCACUUUGAGAGGCUGAGGUGAGUGGAUCACCUGAGGCCAGGAGUUCGAGAUCAACCUGGCCAACAUGGCGAAACCCUGUCUCUAAUAAAAAUACAAAAAUCAGCCAGGCAUGGUGGUGGGCACCUAUAAUUCCAGCUACUUGGGAGGGUGAGGCGGGGGAAUUGCUUGAACCCGGGAGGCGGAAGUUGCAGUGAGCCAAGAUCACGCCACUGCACUCCAGCCUGGGUGACAGCGAGGCUCUGUCUCAAAACAACAAAAACCGACCUGGGACAGUAGGACUGUUAAUAGGUAGAGUCAGGAGGUCUGUCUCAAAUUUGAGAUGUGGCAGUAACUUGCUUUGUCACCUUGGCAAGUCAUUUCCCAAUCAGGAAGGGGUCAGUUUCAGGAAACAGAAACUUCUCCAGCUGUUUUUGGCAGAAGGGAAUUUAAGGGAAUCAGGGUACUUAACAAAGUACAUGGGAAGGCUGGAGAAGUCGCCUCCAGGAGGCUCCCACUGGAGCUGAGAUCAGAACAUACUGUCCUGCCUGCCAUCCACCCCCUCUAAGCACCCCGGAAGCUGUGCUUGGGCCCUGGGACUUGGGGUGCAACUGCCACUCCUGCCUCCUGACACCCACAAAGCCAGAAGCUUGCUGCUGCAGAAGGACUGAACAUCCCCAAGGCUGGGCCCGCAGGGCAAACUUGCUUGGCCCUGUUUCCUCCAUCCACAUCCUUCAAAGGACAUCUCAUUAGUGGACUCCAUUUCUCUCUUCCACAGAACUCCAGUGGCAAGAGAAUCCAGAAACGUUUUCUUUUUGCCUGGAGAUGCUAAUUCUUAGCCUAAGAGUAAGGUAACUAGUCCACGUGAGGACUGACCAUCCUUUCACCCAUCUGUCUGCCCACCUGUGCAUCCAUCCCAUUUUAUCCAUCCAUUCCUCCAGUGGUGGACACCAGAUGACCUUCAGCUCCCCCCACCCCAACCAGAAUUGUGCUGCAAUGGCCAUUGUUAUAUGCCCUUAUGGACCCAUGAGACAAUUUCUCUGGGAUACAUACUAGGAGCAGAAUUGUUGAAUCAUGGGGAAUGCAUGUGUUUAGCUUGGCUAAGCAAUGUUGGAGUAAAAGCUUUUGGUUUUGCAUCUUCUCAACACUCCUAGGGAGGCACCAAGAGGGAGGAUGGCAUUGAGUGAGCCCACCUGAGAUAGCUCCUAGACCCCAGCCCUCUGUGUCCUCAGAGUCACACACUGCUGCUCAUCACUUCAGCUUCCCGAAGAUCAUGGCAAUAGCAGCAUGCCUGUAACUGUCCCAAGUACAUCCAAAAAUUCUUCCUAAAGAGAGGGAACCAAAGUCACAUGGGUCACUUUGUCACCUGUGUGGAUGUUGCUCAUGUUCACAUACCCUUCCUUGCCUCCUUCAAGGCAGAUCUGGCCACAAGUCCAGCUCUGGCUAAUGAAAUGUGAAGGGGGUCAAGGGCUGGGCGUGGUGGCUCAUGCCUGUAAUCCCAGCACUCUGGGAGGCCAAGGCGGGGUGAUCACCUGAGGUGAGGAGUUCGAGACCAGCCUGGCCAACAUAGUGAAACCUGUCUCUACUAAAAAUACAAAAAUUAGCUGGGUGUGGUGGUGUGCCCAUAAUCCCAGCUACUCAGGAGGCUGAGGCAGGAGAAUCGCUUGAACCCGGGAGGUGAAGGUUGCAAUGAACUGAGAUCAGGCACUGCACUCCAGCCUGAAUGACAGAGCGAGACUCCUCUCAAAAAGCAAAAAAAAAUGUGAAGGGGGUCAGUUUUGGGGCACAGUAUGUCAUUGCCAGUGCUCAUUUUUCCAGCCCUCUCUUCCUCUACCAUGACAGUUGGGGAAGUACAUGUUGCCAUGGAGGUGCUAAAUAGCUGAGUCAUAAUCUCACCUUGAUACGCUGUAACAAAUGCCCUGGAUUAUCAAAUUAGUUAAUGUAAACUAAAAAUCCCAAAACCCCACCGACUGAACAGACGCCACCUCGUGGCCAAGGGGACCUCAGAAAAAACCUAAUUCCUGGCCCUGACAGGCUGGGAGGUCAGAUGCAACUUGUUAUACCCCAUUCCUUUAUGGUUUAGACACAACUGCCCAGCAUGAAUGAACAAAAUAGGGAUCAUGAGAUGGACAGAACAGACUCUGUGGCAUAAGAUACCAAAUUGUAAACAGGACCUAAGGCCAUGCCAAGCAAGGGUUAAGUCAUGUAGGGCCCCCCUUCAUGCUCUGCCUCCCCUGCCCCCCACUUAUGAAUAAACUAUGUUCUAACUGCA